GGCUGCCGGGAGCUGACUGGGCCUCGGGGCCGGCGGGCCGCGGGGCCGGUGGCCGCCGCGAGGGAUGGGGCUGCCGGGCACGUAGGGGCCAUGCCGCCCGGGCCCCGGGCCUGCCGCGUUCCGCGCCCCGGCCGCCGCGCCCCACGUCCGCGCCGGGAUGGUGAACCUGGCGGCCAUGGUGUGGCGCCGGCUCCUGCGGAAGAGGUGGGUGCUCGCCCUGGUCUUCGGGCUGUCGCUCGUCUACUUCCUGAGCAGCACCUUCAAGCAGGAGGAGAGGGCGGUGAGAGAUAGGAAUCUCCUGCAGAUUCAAGACCAUGAUCAGCCCAUUCCAUGGAAAGUGCAGUUUAACUUGGGCAAUAGCAGCCGGCCCAGCAAUCAGUGCCGGAACUCCAUCCAGGGGAAGCACCUCAUCACGGAUGAGCUAGGGUACGUUUGUGAAAGGAAGGAUUUGCUGGUGAACGGCUGCUGUAACGUCAACGCCCCUGGCACAAAGCAAUACUGCUGUGACGGCUGCUGGCCCAACGGCUGCUGCAGCGCCUACGAGUACUGUGUCUCCUGCUGCCUGCAGCCCAACAAGCAACUUCUCCUGGAGCGCUUCCUCAACCGGGCAGCUGUGGCAUUCCAGAACCUCUUCAUGGCAGUCGAAGAUCACUUCGAGUUGUGUCUGGCCAAAUGCAGGACCUCAUCCCAGAGCGUGCAGCACGAGAACACCUACCGGGACCCCAUAGCAAAGUAUUGCUAUGGAGAAAGCCCACCCGAGCUCUUCCCCGCCUGACGGGCGCAGCAGACUUGCUCCAGCGCGGGCGAGGGCCCGGCCAAGGAACUUGCCUUCUGGAGCCAGACUUCAGCGCCCGGGCUAGUCCACUGGGAGAAGACAAAGGCAGUGCGAGGAAACCUUGGCCUUGACCACUUCUUGUGUUGUAAUCUUUGGCUUCGCUCACCACCCGGGCCUACCAGAUGGAACUCUUCUUCUGUAACGCAGCUUGGAACCUCCAGCCAGUCCCGUUCGGGAAAGACAAAGUGAGGCCGAGCUUGUGGUGGUGGUGGCGUUCUUGAAUGACUCGACCCUGGUACCUGCACAGGGACCUGUGAUUUGUGUUCAUCGGGGGCCAGGUGUUCACUUCCAAUUUUGAUCCAAGCCUUUUCACUGUAAAAUUAUUUAUUGGAUUCCUUUGGAGUAGUGGGGAAAUUACAGUGUUUUAUGUAGGAAAAAGUCUUGGCAUUCUACUUGAAUAUAUUCAAGGAAAGUA